GUCGCGCCGAGACAGCAGACGUCAUCGUCAUUUUGCCGAUUGCAGCCGAAGUUUGCCGAAAUGCGAACCGCCGGCGGAGGCUCACACGAGCCUCCCCUCAAUGCAGUUCUCCACAAGCUCUUUGUCCACGACCGGUUGGAUGACGACAUGCAUUUGCCUCAAAUGUUGCCUUUGGCAAUUCCUCGCUACUGACCGUCUUCUUAUUUCGCAUCGGAAGACCGAACCCGAUCGGAAAAUUAUACCGUUUAAAAAUAAAAAUACAACGAGGGAAUAGAGGAGGAGCGUCACGCUCGGACUGCGUGUCGCCCGACGAGCUUCAUCACCAUUACAGCAGCUGCCAGUGUUAGCUACAACACAACUACCGCGUCCUUUUGUGGAUCAGCGUCUAUAUUUGUGUUUUCCCCUUACUUUCGUUGUUAUCCGAGAGUGAUGUCGUUUUAUACGGGACUACCGCACAAAGAAGACCUGCACACAAGCGAAUGUGCGUUGACAGCCGUGGAAGUACUCUGAGCAGGCGCCGCGCGCACUCCGCAAUGUUCGGGACGUUUGGAAGUGACAACGCCACACAGAAAUAACACCAUUCUCAAAAGAGGGUCCUUGUUCCAUCUCCGCCUCAAGCACCCCCACAGCCGAUCCCUCCAUCAUGACAUCGCCCGAGUCCCCCACUCUUGUGUCCCCUUCCCCAUGUCCCGCUCCUCCUCCGUCUCUCCCCACGUCUCCCGUGCCAUCCUCCCCCGCCCCGUCCUCCUCCUCCCUCCCAGUACCACCCUCGCUGCCUCCCACGGGGGAGGUGAUGGUCCUGGCCCUGGGGCGGAAGAAGCAAAGGGUCCUGAUCGUUUUGUCCAUCCUGCCAAAUCUCUUCCUGGCCUUCCUGCUUUCCUCCGACCCCCUCAUCACCCUGUCCUCGCCGCACCACUGCCACCUGCCGGGGCCGGCACCGUCGCCCGAGGUGCUGAACGUCUCCCUGCCCUGGGAGAAGGGCCUGAGGCCGGGUGACAGCGGAGAUCUUUCCCAGUGUAAGCAGUACGCCAACGGGAGCCAAUCGGAGGUGGUGGAUUGCCAGGCCGGCUGGGACUACAACAUCACCGAAGGGCUGAGGAACAACAUCGUAACUGAGUGGGAUCUGGUGUGUGAUCGCUAUUGGCUCGUACCUGUGGAGGAGGUCUGCUUCAUCCUGGGGGCUCUGACUGGUUGCCUUGGCCUCGGUUUUGCUGCUGACAGAAUCGGCCGCUCCAAGGCUUUACUGACGUCACUCACUCUGUCAGUGGUGUUUGGCGUUUUGGUGUGCGUCUCCCCGUACCCUUCCAUCUUCAUCGUCAUGCGCUUCUGUCUGGCGGCUGCGAGCGCCGGCGUCUACCUCACACUCUACAUCUCUCGCCUGGAGUUGUGUGAGCCUUCAUUGAGGCUGAUCGCGACCGUACUGGCGGGGCUGAUGACUGUUUCCGGGGAACUGCUGCUGCUGGCGGUGGCCCUUGGCUGUCAGUCCUGGAGAGGCUUGCUGGGAGCCGGUGCCGCUCCGCUCACCCUCUUCCUUAGCUAUGGCAUUCCUGGAGUUUUUCCAGAAUCUCCUCGCUGGCUCCUGCUUUCUGAAAGACAUGGAGACAUGAACUCCUUCAGCGAGAGGAGAAAUUCAAACAGAGAUGUGAGGGAUGAUGAGAGCUUCACAGAGCUCGAUUCGGAACCGGCGCCCUCCUCGCGUCCCCGCCUGUCUUUCCCUGAGCUCUUCCACAGUAGGAACAUCUGGAAGAACAUUUGUGUGCUCGGCUUCACCUCAUUCAUCUCUCACGGCAUCAGCCACUGCUACAGCUCUUUCCGAGGUGAUGUGCGAGGCACGGCUCCCAGCUUCUAUUGGACCUAUCUUCUGUCUGUGUGCGCGGGCGGCGGCGCCUGGGUGUUGCUGUGGGCAACCGUCGACAGGUGCGGUCGCCGCGGCAUCCUUCUGCUCUCCAUGACGAUGACGGGCCUGGCCUCCUUGAUCCUCUUGGGACUCAUGAAGUAUCUCAGUGAGAAUGCCAUCACCGUUUUCUCCGUCAUGGGCCUCUUCUCCUCGCAGGCUACUGCCUCCCUUUGCGUUCUCUUCACUGCAGAGAUCAUGCCCACUGUCAUCAGAGGGACGGGCGUGGGUGCCGUGCUGGCCUUGGGCUGCGUGGGGCGUCUCAGCUCGCCACUCAUGGACCUGAGGAACCACUACGGCUACUUCCUGCACCACGUGGUCUAUUCCUCUCUGGCCCUGCUGGCCGUGUUGUCUAUUCUGCUGCUGCCUGAGAGCAAGAGGAAGCCGCUGCCGCAGACUCUGGCCGACGGGGAGCAGUACAGGCGUCCACCGCUUGGCAGGAGGAGGCGGGACAACGUGCCACUGCUGGCCACGCCCAACCCGGAGACUUAAACAAGCCUGGAGGACUAGGAGGGGCUGUGUGCAAUUCCACUGGAACAUCCAUUUAUGUAGAUGGAGGAAGGAGAGUAGAGCGAGAAAAGGGCUGUCAAGAUUUUGAACUCACGGUGAUGAUCCGCACAUUGAAAUCUUCCUAAUAUGAGCCUCUUCGUGGUUCGGCUUCCUCCAGCCAUUUACCUCCAUUGAAACGCACGAGGAACUCGGUCUUAUCAUCCGUCUCACACACACAGCCCUCGCGAGGCUGCACCCCAGCAAGCGCAACCCUGCAGCCCCCCGGCAUGGGUCAUGUUCUGUUGUUGUCGUCCAACACUUGUUCUCCGACACCUCCACCUUCUGACGUAGAACACAGUUCUCAGAUGUAUCCUGUUACACUGUAAGGUGUUUGUUUGUUGUAAAUACUUUUCUUGAAAUGUAGGGUUUUUUUUCUUUUCAAGUGUGUCUGGAAAAUGUGCACUUCCGUUCGCUAUGCAGAGGAGAAGGUGGAGCAUCGAGCACUUUGAUACAACGCCUUCAAAAGUUCAAGGACAGUUGCCUAGCUACACACCGCGCAGUCAGUAUUAGGAAUCAAAUUAAAAGUGUCAAUCUGGCCCGGAGCCGGAGUAUUUGGAAUUUACGUAAAAUGUUAUUACCCAAAAUAGUGUGAGCAGUACGUUUUCUGUUGAUACGUUAUAAGUUAUGGUUGAGGCAUGGAGUCAAAAUAUGUCGCAACAUUCCUAUCUGCAUGCGUGGAAGCACUUUGAAAGCCUUUUUUUCGUUUUUUUUUUUAACGCUUUUGUUCCUCAGAAGCUUACGGUACCUCUUUAGACGCAAAGUCUCAGCAUGGACGUGUACGAAUAAAAGUGGAGUAGAAGUUCACACCGUGACUAAAAGAAGGUGAAUGUCUCGAUGCAGUCGAAAAGGCCCUAUGACAAAGCUCCGCAGUAGCUAAAGAAGGGCCCUGCGGGCUCCGUGUUAUUCCUCCUCUUGACUGUUUUCUUGCUCAUAUUGAAUGUAGUGACUGCAGUCAAUGUGUAUGCUGUUGGGCUCACGUGCCUCAAUUGUGCACAGAAGGAGCUGGGCCUACCUGAUUCAAGAUUUUUUUUUUUUUGGCUGUUUCUUCACAUUUUAAUACUCCCUCCGUUGAAUUACCUUGACUCUGAUAAUACUGUGUCUACAAACACUGAUUGUUCAAUGCUGACCCAGUUAACUCUGUAACCUGAUUUCACGUCCAAUAAAACUGGUUAUGUCAA